CCCUGUUCCUCUCCAAUGGGAGCGCAAAGCCUCCGAGCGGCCGGAGCGCUUGACCGAGACAAAACGAACAGGCGGAGGACGGCCGUGACCGAGAAGACGACCCCUCGAGUGAUUAACGGCUUUUCCUCUCCUGCCUGCGGAGGCGUGCGAGCUGAGGAGCCGCAGCGUCAGGGACGUGGUGGUGGUCGUGCGGUGUAGUCUGGAUCAGCGGCAUCGGGGCCCCCCCUCCAUCCUUUCAUCCGGGGUUUGUUCAUAGCGGUGGGAUGCGGAGGGGCUCGAUCCGCCUCUUUUCUCGAGCCGCGAGGUCGUUGGUCAUCACCGGCGCCAUGGGACGUCUGUCCAGCCGGACCCCGUUUUGACUGACGCCCCGCAUCUAUUCGCCAUGGACCCUGAGGAGCCCGGCCAGGAGGUGUGGGAGCCGCCCCCGCACGGCCUCCACGGACCCAACCGGGUCAGGCCUUCAUCGUACCGGGCCCUACGGAGCGCCGUGUCCAGCCUGGCGCGCAUCGACGACUUCUUCUGCGAAAAGAUCGGCUCUGGUUUCUUCUCGGAGGUGUUUAAGGUACAGCACAGAAUCACAGGGCAGGUGAUGGCUCUGAAGAUGAACACUCUGGCCAGCAACAAAGCCAACAUGCUGAGAGAGGUGCAGUUAAUGAACCGCCUCUGCCAUCCCAACAUCCUAAGGUUUUUAGGGGUGUGCGUCCAUGAGGGCCAACUCCACGCUCUGACUGAGUACAUCAAUGGGGGCAAUCUGGAGCAGCUGCUGGACAGUGACAUGUACCUGUCGUGGGUGGUGAGAAUAGGCCUGUCUUUAGACAUCGCACGGGGGUUACAGUACCUCCACAGCAAGGGCAUCUUCCACCGAGACCUCACCUCCAAGAACUGUCUAGUGCGCUGUGAGAACGGCCUUUUCACGGCUGUGGUUGGAGACUUUGGGCUGGCAGAGAAAAUCCCUGAUUACAGUGAUGGUGUGGAAAAGCAGCCUCUGGCCAUAGUGGGUUCCCCAUACUGGAUGGCUCCAGAAGUUCUGCGAGGAGAGUUUUACAAUGAGAAGGUGGAUGUUUUUGCGUAUGGCAUCAUUCUGUGUGAGAUCAUUGCCCGUAUUGAGGCCGACCCAGAUGUGCUCCCCCGAACAGAGGACUUUGGACUGGAUGUCCAGGCUUUUGAGCAUAUGAUUGGAGACUGUCCACCAGCUUUCCUUAGCCUGGCUGUUAACUGCUGCAAUAUGUGUGCAAAAAGUCGUCCGUCCUUCUCAGACAUCGUUGUUAGCUUGGAGAGGAUGGAGAGGGAGAGGGAGAAGACUGAGACACCAGUUAUCCUUGAACCUGUUGCCAUCGACGAGAGCCCGUACAGGAGGAGGAAUUCUCCGUGUCCCGUGGGUGACCAGCGUCUGUCCCGGAGUCAGUCUGACAUGCUUCCGCCAGCUGCAUCUCCAUGCCUCGGCACCCCGGCGCGAGUCAACCCCUUCUCCCUCCGCCAUGACUUGAAUGGUGGCCGCAUCAAGCUGUUCGACACACCCAGCAAAUCGGUCAUCUCCCUCACCUUCACUCUGCCCCCACCACCUGACCCCUGUGCCUCACCGCCCUUGGGUGGGAUCUCGCCACCCCGCAGGUGCCAGUCUCUGCCCUGCACACCCGAACUAGGACGUCCUCUGGCUUUGUUUCGAGAGCCUGAGACUCUAAGUGUGGAGGAGGAACAGGAGGAAAAGGGGCAAGAACUGAAGAAUGGAGGGAUGGAGGAGAGGGGAAAAGGGCUGGAGGUUUCAGACAACCUAUGCCAGGACUCUGGUUUAGCACUGGAGCUAGAGAUGGUGUCUUUGGAACGGGUGGAGGAGGAGGACGAAGGUCAGGCAGAGGCGGAAGGUCUUUAUUGCUCAGAACCCAUGGACUGCAGCAGCUCACCUGAGGGUGCCCUCAGCAUGACAGGAAAGACCCUCUUCAUCAGCAGCUCUUCUUCGUCGUCGUCUUCUUCCUGUCGGCAGCCCAAUGGCUGGCCCAGGCCGGUUUCGAACGGGCCUCCGUCUCUACCUCCUCUGCCCCGCCUGGACAACAACAACAGUUGCCUGCUGGGAGCUGGCAGGAUACCAUCGUGGGCUAGGCUUAAUAGCUACCGUGGCCGCCGUGCUCAAGAGCCACUAGCGCCCCCUGCUGAGCAGGAUGAAGUCAUUUCCUGUCCGAGCUGUUGCCUAGUCGGCUUUAGCUUUCCUUCCGUGUGCCUGCGUGGAGCGCCGCCCACUCGGCCUCUGCCACGUCCAUACAGGAACCUUAAUGGCAGGGAGGCAGCAGCUGCCACUGCCACGGCAACCAAAGGACUUCUUUGUCGAGGAGCAAACGGCCUGGCUGUGGCCACAGCACCAUGCGAGCCAGGGCUGCCGCUCCCAGAGGCACAGACUUAGUGAGUGCUCCCUCUGGUGGAAUGGUGAUGUAACCCUGCUCUCCUAGACUUGGCACCAAGGCUGUGCUAAAUAGUGCUAUGGAUACAUUAUUUGUGACUGUGUGCUGUGAAAUGAGGAGAAAGCAUUAUAGGGACAGUGGAUAAGGAGCUUGCCUUUUUGUGUGUGUGUGUGUGUGCGUGUUUGGUACAGAGAGAGAAGAGUGAGAGAAAAGAAUGGAGGGCUAUAUGUGCAGUAUGGAAAAUCUUGUUUUGGCUGCACUGUGAUGGUUUAUUUAUUUAUUUAUUUAAAAUUUUUUGGGAGAAGGUGCUAUUUUGGCUACACAAACCUUCAACUUCAUAAUCCACUGUGCUAAAAAUGCCCUAAAACGCUGUAUGUGAGAGAGAGUAUGAAUGGGAUGUUAUACGAGUGUAAAUUUUUAUUUACUUUGGCAAUCAUUCCUCUCUAACUGAGGAUUGUUCACUUGGUGUGGUGGAGUGAGAGAGAGGUGGACACGGUGUGCUUGAGAGACGCAUCCGAUUUCUUGCGGAUGUCCGAAAAGUGUGUUGAUUUAUAUUUUGCAUCUAGAAGCAAUGUGUGCAAUAAGUCAGUGUUGAUUUAACCAAGUUGUACAUACUUUUUUCUCUUUUUUAAAUGUGUAAUACAUUUCGAGUAUGAUGGGGAAAAUGGUUUUGCUUGUGAUGUACAGCGUCAUUUUUCUGUCUCCCUCUAGUGGUAGAGAGGAUCCUUGCUGGCCAGGUUAUUGCUGCUUAAUGAAGUUCAAGUACUGUUUUGUAUGCGUAUUUACUCAAAAGUGCGACAACCAGAUCACACAGGACGGACGUCUACUUGGAUUUAAAGUUAUUGUGACAAUAAUAGACUUUUCCUGUUAGGAAAAAUGCAAAUGACGCUGAAGGGCUGAGACUGGAACUCAAGAAGAUGCCCACAUCAGAAAUUACGUAGCAUUUAUACCACUUUCCCAGACGAAAUGAAAUGCUAUCAAAGUUUCCUGAAGUUUUAAGGUCUUCAUGAAAAGAGAUACAUGUUCGAUGUCCUGUGUACUCUGGUCCACUUCCUCUCUGAUGUAACAGCAUGACUUCUGAACUUUUAUCAUAUCCCUUAAGUUCAUCCAAAGAGUUCUUUCAAGCCUGUUUUAGAACACCUGCCCACGUUUGAGUGUUGAAAGCCUCUGCAUGCAGAGAAUUGUGCAAAAGGCCGAUCUGUACAUACCAAUGCAUGACCGACACUGGCCAACUCUCGCCAUAUCCUUGGUUUGGUACUUUAUCUGCAGACUGCCGUGUUUAGCCAGCGGUAUGUCCGCAGAGGUUCCUGUUCUGUUGUGAUAUCGUACAGAGUGCUUUGGUGGAAAUUAGAUAUGGAUGUGGUAGGAAGAAACGCUUGAAACACUGUUGGUAAACUAAUAAGCUAUCUUUUUGAAAUAGAACAGAAAUUUCGAAGUGCGAGAUGUAUUUAAUUUCAAAGUGAAAAUAAUAGUUUGUGCUGGUCACUCGAGUUUGACUACUCACCAGUUUUUUUUUUCUGAAAGGCAUUCACUUUUCAGAUCAACUAUUGUUGAGUGCCUCAUUGAUAGUAUAUAGGUAUCAUUUUGAUCAAUAGGUAAUCGAAGGAUAUUGAAUUGGUUAUACGUUCCAUCUCUUGAGUGCUAGUAGAGGAAGCUUGUAAUUGACACAGUGGAUGUAAAGAUGGAGUUGUGUUUGAUUCUUAAGUGUGAAUUUACUGUGUAAAGUUUAGUUUGUUUUUACUUUUUUCCCCCCUUUUUAAAGCACUUAUCACAGUGAAUAUUACCAGUUCUGGGGAGAAUCAGCUUUAAUAAAUGUCAGCGAUUCAUGUUAUUUAUCAAACUGUCUUCAUUAAAAUAUUGAAUGUAA